AUGGAAAUGAUUGCAUCCACACGGUUCGUUGUGUUGGCCCUAGCCACUGCAAGCCUGCUGGCGUCGAGCAUCUUUUGUGCAGACGAUUUCGCCAUGCACCAUCUUCACAGCAGGGAAAAUGCUGACAAACGUGCUGAGCACAGAGGGAACCCCAAAGGGGACCGAGAAGGAAGCUUCCAUCUUGAAGAAUUGAAAGAUUGGGACCCAAAAGGCAUCCCAAAGAUGAGUCUACCGGCCGUCAACAGAAUUCCACACGCGGCUGCCAACCUGCCGCUGAGAUUUGGGAGGGCCAUGGAAGGAGGAGGUGUUGGGCCGAUGACCACCUUGCCUCUGAGGUUUGGAAGAAAUAUGAAGGGGAGCAUCUUGAGACGUGUCCCUAACCUGCCCCAAAGGUUUGGGAGAACGGUAGCGGUCAAAAGUGUCACCGGGACCCUGAGUGAUUUAAUCCAACAAUCCAUGACCUCACCAUCUGUCGACUUCCUCUACUCCAUGAGCUGCCUGCCCCAAGAAUUCCAGAAUCCUGACCUUCGAAAGCACCCAAGGAAGCCGGUGUUCAAGAAAAUAGACGAUGCAGAACUGAAACAAGAGAAAUAA